AUGUCGAACAAAUUCUUUGAACAAGCAAAUGAAGCUUUCGUCGACGAGAAAUAUGAAGAAGCACAUGAAUUUUAUACAAAAGCUCUUAUGAAGGAUGACAAAACCGAUGAUCUAUUUACUUCGAAGAUCUUAGCAUCACGUGCUCAAUGCUCAUUAAAAUUAAAAAACUAUGCAGAUGCUGUGAAAGAUAGUAAUGAUGCCAUUCAAUUAGAUACAACAAAUAUCAAGGCAUAUAUUCGUAAGGGUAUUUCUUUAUACAGUCAAGAUUUAAAAGAGGAAGCUCUACAAACAUUUUCUAGUGGACUUGAAUUGGACUCUGCAAAUGAACAAUUGAAAAUAUGGCAACAAAAAUGUGAUAAAGCAUUAGCAGACAAAAAAUCUGUUUUGACAACUGUUUCUGUUGAAAAAACGAAGUUAGCGAAUCAUACUCUACCUGUUCCUCCAAUGGUACCAGUUAAAAUCAAGCAUUCAUUCUAUCAAACAGACAGCGUUGUUUCUAUUCAAAUUCCUAUAAAAGGUCUUAAGAAAGAUGAAGUACACGUCCAAUCCACAGAUACAACUAUCAACAUAAGUACGAAAGUACCUUCUUCUGGUCAAGAUUAUUUACUUGAACUGGAUCUUGCUUAUCCAAUUGAUUCAUUGCGUACAAAUUUCAACGUUACUGGUUCAAAUAUUGAAAUAAAAUUAUACAAGCGACAAGCCAUACAAUGGAUAUCGUUGGAUGCAAAAUCACCAGCAGCUAAAGCUCAACCACCAAUUCCAAUGAGUCGACCUGUAGUUGAAAAAGCCCCGACGUAUCCGUCGUCAAGUAAACGUGCAAAAGAUUGGGAUAAAUUAGAAGUUGAGAUAAAGAACGAUGAGAAAGAAAAUAAAGAUAAUAUGGGUGACGCUAAUGCAAUUUUUGAAAGACUUUAUAAAGAUAGUGAUGAAAAUACACGCCGUGCAAUGAAUAAAUCAAUGUAUGAAUCUGGUGGUACUUGUUUAAACAUGAAUUGGGAAGAAGUAUCAAAAGGACGAGUCACCUGUGAACCACCUGAUGGAAUGGAAUGGAAGAAAUAUGACUCGUAA